UGUCCCUUGGACACAGCGGAUCACCGAUCAACGAAAGAGCCGAAGAUGUUGCCUCGGUCACUGAUCAUCAGAGCACUGAUGAUCAGUGUGCCCUGAUAAUCUGUGUAGCCCCAGCAGUGCCACCUAUCAAUGUCCAUCAGUGCCAGCUGUCAGUGCUCAUCCAUGCCACCUGCCAGUGCCCAUCAUUGCCACAUUUCAGUGAACAUCAAUGCCACAUAUCAGUGCCCAUCUGAGCUGCCUUUCAGUGUCACCCAUCAGUGUCAGUCAGUGCCACCUAUCAAUGCCAGUCAGUGCCACCUAUCAGUGCUGCCAAUCAGUGCCACCAAUCAAUGCCAGUCAGUGCCAGCUAACAGUGCCAGUCAGUGCCGCCUAACAGUGCCAGUCAGUGCCGCCUAUCAGUGCCGCCUAUCAGUGCCAUAUAUGAAUGCUGCCUUUCAGUGCCCAUCAGUGAUGCCUGUCAAUACCCAUCAG